AUCUAACCUUAACACAGUUCUCACUACCCCACUUUGUCUACCCUCUCCACAAGUCCUCCAAUUUUAAUUAACACCAUUUCCCAGUGUGCCCGUGUGCCUAAAAUUUUAUUGCAACCUCUCUCUCUCUCUCUCUCUCUCUCUCUCUCUCUUAUAUUUUGUGGAAGAUGGCAACAGGAACUGGCUCCCCUUGUGGUGCAUGCAAGUUUCUGAGGAGAAAGUGUGCUGCCGAUUGCAUAUUCGCUCCGUAUUUCUGCACGGAGCAAGGGCCGGCCCAGUUCGCGGCAAUACACAAGGUGUUUGGUGCUAGUAAUGUGUCCAAGCUUUUGUUACAUGUCCCGGUGGCCGAAAGGUGCGAGGCUGUCGUGACAAUUGCUUAUGAAGCUCAAGCCAGAAUUAGAGAUCCUGUUUAUGGAUGUGUUGCCCACAUAUUUGCCUUGCAGCAACAGGUGGCAAGUUUGCAAGCCCAGCUAAUGCAAGCAAAGGCUCAAAUGGCACAAAAUCUCAUUGACUCAGGGAAUGUUGAUCAGAAUCAAAAUCAAUGGCCUUCAGGGAAUAUGGUUGGAGUGGGAAUUCCAUCUAAUUUUCAUCAGGCUAAUUAUCCUGCAGCAGCUACUUACAUGAACAUUUCUUCUCUCUCACUUCAGAAUUCACUGGAUCAGUACUCCAUCAUGGAUCAGAGCAGCACUGAUCAUGGGGUAGUAAUGGCCAGCAGAAUGCGAGGUAUACUUCAAAAUGACAGAUCAGAUGAUGAUGAUCAACUUUCUUUCCAACCCUAUAAUUACUCUAAGAAGAGACCAGCUUCCCAAACUGAUCUCAGUGAGCUUCAAGCUCUGGCCCUUAGGAUGACGAGGGACUGAAAUCAUUAAUCAUUCCUUGUGUUAGAAAAUGUCAUGUUCACAAAAGAUCGAUAUGUUCUUGGGGUUUAAUGAUGUAAAUACUUAGAGAGACAACGGGGAGAGAGUUGGUAUAAUGUUGUACGCCUAAUAUCAGGCCUUUUUGUCACACUUCUUUUUUCUUUUCUUAUUCUAAACUCAGGUAUUCGGGCCAAUUUAAUUAGGAUUUUUCC